AUGCCAUCAGCAAAGGCCCCAUACACCGUGAGAAAUGUCCCGUUGGGAACGCACCGGCCAGUCCGGGUGGUCUGUAUCGGUGCGGGCUACUCGGGCUUGAUGAUGGCCAUUAUCGCGAAAGAGAAAAUGCAGCACCAAGAAGUCGAUUUUCAGGUAUAUGAGAGGAACAGUGACUUGGGAGGUACAUGGUUGCUAAACAGGUACCCUGGCUGCCAGUGCGAUAUACCCUCCCACAACUACGCUUACAGCUUCGACCCUAAGCCAGACUGGCGGGGCUACUAUGCAACUUCAGAGGAGAUCCAUGAGUAUAUGAAACAGGUGUCCCAGAGACACAGUUGCGACGAUCUAUUUGCAUAUGGCCAUGAGGUCGUAUCGGCGGUGUGGGACGAUGACGCUGGGAUAUGGAAGCUGGUCGUGAACGCAAAUGGCGCGGAGUUUAAUGAUUACUGCCACGUCCUGAUCAAUGCUGCUGGGGUUCUAAACAACUGGAAAUGGCCCAGUAUCCCCGGGAUAGAGGCCUUUCAAGGGAAAUUAAUGCAUUCAGCUUCCUGGGACCAGACCUAUGACUAUACUGACAAGCGUUUGGCUGUCAUUGGAAUUGGGUCGUCUGGAAUCCAAAUCCUCCCCCAAGUGGCUAAGACUGCUGGUCAUGUCGAUUACUUUAUUCGGUCUCAGACCUGGAUUAGCCCAGCACGGGGUAUAAAUGAGGCCCAAGACGGCGAUCCGGAGGUGGACGAGGAUUACAAUUACGUCGAGGACGAGAUCAAGCGCUUUCAUGACGACCCAGAAUACCUUCUGCAGCACCGCAAAGAGCUGGCUAAUCGCCGCAUUGAUGAGUUCAGGGGGUCGCUACAAGGCCCUGAGGCCCGAGCAGAGGUGAGACGUAGCUAUGUUGCGUCGAUGCUGCAGAGACUCGGUAAUGGCGAGAAGGGUAAGAGACUGGCAUCGCUCAUCGUUCCGGAUUUCCCAGUCGGCUGUCGCCGGAUCACGCCGGGGCAGGGAUUUCUAGAGGCGAUGGUGCGUGAGAAUGUCGACACGCAUUGGAACUCGCUAGACCAUAUCACGGCCGAAGGCAUUGUGCUGCGUGAUGGACGCGUUUUACCGGUGGAUGCGAUCAUAUGCGCGACUGGCUUCGACACGACCUUCAAACCGCGCUUCCCCAUUAUAGGCCGGGAUAGAGUGAAUCUCGCUGAAAAAUGGGAAGAAGAGAACCCUGACGCGUAUUUUGGCAUCACUGUUCCUCACAUGCCGAAUUACUUCUGCUUCAUUGGACCAAAUAGCCCGGUUUCAAACGGCUCUCUUGUGCAGGCUAUCCAGAUGACGGGCAUCUACAUCUACAACUGCAUCGAAAAGCUCCAGACACAAGGGGUCAAGUCCAUGACGGUCACAGAGAAGGCUGUGGCUGACCUCAAUGAACAUGCACAGACGUGGCUUCAAGAUACCGUCUGGGCAGCUCCUUGCCGAAGCUGGUAUAAGAGAGGAACGACUGACGGCCGCAUUGUCGGGCUGUACGCCGGGAGCUGCUUUCACUUUGCAGAGGCACUGCGAGACCCUCGUUGGGAGGAUUAUCACCUCGAAUACCUGCAUCGAAACCGCUUCCACUACCUGGGAAACGGAUUAACCCAGCGGGAGCAGAGGAAGGGCGAUAUGGGCACCACACAGACAUUGGACUUUGAAUCAUACUGGAGGUUAUUUGUGCUGCCUCAAAUACACAUGUAACU